UGCUAAUAAUUUUUACUUCUGCCAUUCUAACUGACAACUAGCAGCAUUAUUUGCAACAAUGGCUUCCAAUGUUGAAGAAUUUGUUCAACUUGAACCAACAGUUAAGAAUGUAGUAGAACAAACCAGUUUACGAUGGAUCUUUGUCGGUGGUAAAGGUGGAGUAGGUAAAACAACCUGCAGUUGCAGUCUUUCUGUACAGCUUGCUCGUGUGCGGGAAACUGUGCUUAUUAUCUCCACCGAUCCAGCACAUAACAUUUCAGAUGCCUUUGAUCAGAAAUUUAGCAAAGUUCCAAGUAAAGUUAAAGGCUUUGAGAAUUUAUUUGCCAUGGAAAUUGAUCCAAAUGUGGGAUUCAAUGAAUUGCCAGAUGAUUAUUUUGAAGGGGAGAGCAAUUUCUGGAGAGCUAAUCGUGGACUGAUGCAGGAAAUAUUUGGAGCUUUUCCUGGCAUUGAUGAAGCAAUGAGUUAUGUUGAAGUAAUGAAGCUAGUGCAAGGAAUGAAUUUUUCAGUAGUUGUUUUUGAUACAGCACCAACUGGACAUACUUUACGCCUACUUGCAUUUCCUUCUGUUGUGGAAAAAGGAUUGAGCAAAUUGUUGCGCCUUAAAUCCCAGAUAGGCCCAUUCAUUAAUCAGAUAUCAGGCCUUAUUGGAAUGAACAGUAUAAAUACAGACAUCUUUUCUAACCGUUUGGAGGAGAUGCUCCCUAUCAUCCAGCAAAUUAAUGAACAGUUUAAAGAUCCAAAUCGAACUACCUUCGUCUGCGUCUGUAUCGCAGAGUUCCUAUCACUGUAUGAAACAGAACGGCUAGUUCAGGAACUUUCCAAGUCCAAUAUUGAUACACACAACAUUAUUGUUAAUCAACUUUUGCUCGAUGCUCCUAAAACAACAACUGGAGAAACAUGUGGACUAUGUGGUGCUCGCAAGAAACUUCAAGCUAAAUAUCUCGAUCAGAUCGCCGAUUUGUACGAAGACUUCCACGUUACACGUUUGCCCUUGCUAGACCGAGAAGUCCGUGGUGUUGAGCAAGUCAAGAACUUUUCAGAAAAUCUGCUGAAGCCUUAUUCACCGAAAUAAAGAUGUUUUUAUUUGUUCA